AAAACAGAAAAAAAGUUCCAGAAAACCAAGUUUCCAAUUUUUAGUUUUUGUGAAACAAACGGGAAGAAUUACAGAUUUCCGAUGAGCAACCCUAGCACAGUAGCAGCGGCCGUGGAUACUUCGAAAAGCGACGAUGAACAGUUUGAGGACGCGCAAAGCAAAAACGAGCGAUACGUCGACGAGGUGAUCGAGAAGGUGACGGGCUUAUCGCUGAAACGGCCACCGGAAUCAUCGGACACGGAGGAGUUUGCGGACUGUGAGCAAACGGCGGAAGUGGCCAGCGCCGAGAAGGAAAGCGGUGCGUCCGAGCCGGAAGAUGGAACAAUGCUACAAACGCCCGGGGACGAUGCGGAUGAUUUCAUUGACGAAGAUGCACAGCGUGAUUACGAGACGGGACUGACGGAGGAAGAACGAACGGCCAACCGGGCGAAGGCCGAAGAACUGAAACAGCAAGGCAACGAGCUGUUCAAGCGGGGUGAACACCAGCAAUCGGCUCUCGUGUACACCAGCGCGCUGCGAGUCUGUCCACUCGAUAGCAAGGAAGAUCGUGCAAUUCUGUACGCGAACCGGGCAGCCGCCAAGUCCAAACUAAACCUCAAACCGUCUGCCAUCGAAGACUGCACCAAAGCGCUCGAGUAUAAUCCCAAAUACUUGAAGGCACUGCUAAGGCGAGCCAAUCUUUACGAAGAGAGUGACAAGCUGGACGAAAGCUUAGAAGACUUCCGGAAGGUGUUGGAGCUGGAUCCGGGUAACGGUGAGGCCAGGGGAGCAACGGUGCGGCUGCCACCGAAGAUAGCGGAGCGUAACGAGCGGUUAAAGGAGGAAAUGAUGGGCAAACUGAAGGACCUGGGCAACUUAAUACUGCGACCUUUCGGUCUAUCGACGCAAAACUUCCAGAUGCAGCAAGACCCGCAGAGCGGUUCCUAUUCCAUCAACUUUAAGCAAAACACCAACCAAUGACCAACGGAGAGCAACCGAAGCCCCGGCUGAACGCGAGCAAUGUUGAAGCUUAUUUAUGAUUUGAAGAUUAAGGUUGUUGGACACGUGAUCAAAGAAUUAAAUCGAGUCUUAAGCAUCAA